AUGGAGCAGGGCGGUGGGGUGGAUGGUGCCGACACCCGGGGGGGGGCUGGUGGCACGGCCCCCCCUGAAGCAGAGGGCAGCGCAGCCCCCGCCACCCCCCAGGCUGCCCAGCCCCAAGGGGGGACGGUGCCGGCUGCCACUGCAGCACAGGACGGAGGGAUGGAUGACCCUGGACAGGAGAAGGCAGCAGGAGAGGCUGGAGGAGGGAAACCAGAACCUGAGCAGGGGACAGCCCUGUCUGCUCCAGAGCCCCGGGAUGGACGGGAAGCAGUGCCACGAGAGGAGGCUUCGACUGUGCAGCACAAUGGAGAACAGGCAGCAUCCGUGGGGGAGAAGGUCCUGGCUGCUACCGAGGCCCAGGGAGCUCAGGACAGGGGGAAGGAUGAGAAGGAUGAGCCUGGGAAGAAGAAAGCUCCAGCUGCAGGGGAGCUCAAAGGAGAAAAGGCUCCAGCUGCUGCCAAGGAGAAGGAUGGAGAGAAGGAUGAGCCCAGGGAGGAGAAGGCUCCAGCUCUGGGAGAGCCUGAAGGAGGGCAGGCAGCACCCAUGGAGGCAAAGGGCCUGGCUGUAACUGAGGCUCAGGAUGGAGAAAAGGACAAGCUCAGGAAAGAGCAAGCCCCUGGAGGCUCAGGGCCUGAGGCUGGUGGGAAAGCAGAGCCCAGAGAGAAGAAGGUUCCAGCUGCAGCAAACUCUGAAGGAGGGAAGGCAAAAUCCACAGAGGAGACAGCCUUGGCUGCAGCUCAGACUCAGGAUGGAGGCAAAGGAGAGCUUGCAAAUGAGGAAACCACAGCGGUUGCAAAGGAGAAGGUCCCAGCCACUGCUAAAUCUUUGGAUGGAGGGAAGCAAGCUGCAAAGGCAGAGCAAGCCCCAGCUGAUAACAAGGCUCCAAAGGAGAAAAUUACAGCAUCUGUGAAAGAGAAGUCUCCGGCUUCUGCAAAGGCUCAGUGUGGGGAGAAUAAAGUGAUAAAAGCAGAAAAAGCCCCAGCAGUAAAAAAGACUCCAGAUGGAGGCAAAGAAGAGCCUGCUCCAGCUCCUGAGAAGGAGAAAGCUCCAGCUCCAGUGAACGAGAAAGCCCCAGCUCCAGUGAAGGAGAAAGCCAUAAUUCCUGCAAAGGAGAAAGCCCCAGAUGCUGCCAUGGCUCAGGAUGGAGAGAAGGCAGCAGCAAAGACAGAAAAAAAUUCAGCUGCAAAAAUGGCUCAAGGUGGAGGUAAAAAAGAGCCUGCAAAGGAGAAAGCCACAGCAGCAGCGAAGGUGCAGGACGGAGGGAAGAAAACUGCAAAGGUAGAAAAAAACACAGUUGCAUUAAAGGCUGAGGAUGAAGGGAAAGAUCCUGCAAAGGAGAAGGUCCCAGUGGCUGCAAAGGCUCGGGAUGGAGGGAAGAAAGCUGCUGAGGUGGAGGCUCCUGCAGCUGCAGCAGAGGCUGGAGAUGGGGCUGAGGAGCCCACAGAGUCAGCAGCCAUGGUUACUGUGAAGGCUCAGGGUGAAGGGCAUGAAGAACCAAAGGGGACGGAGAAACAGCCACCAAAGGUCCCUGAGCCCCCACGCCCGGCUCUGCUGCAGAGCCUGAGCUGCCCGGCCACUUGCCACAGGGAGGAGCAGCCCUGGGCAGAGGUGGCGGAGAUGGAGACGAUUCCAGAGGAAACCACGGCGGUGGAGCCAAAAGAGGGUCCGACAGAGCCUGGCCCUGCCCCGCCAGCCAUGGGGGACCUGCAGCCCCAUGGCACCCCCCAGGAGAGGACAUUGCCCAGUGCCACAGGGCAGCCCCCGGAUCCCGCUGGGGUUGUGGAGCAACCUGGAUCUGAAGGGCAACCACCCUUGACAGAGGCAAAGCCGCCCCCCAGCCCCUACCUCACCCCUGAUUUUGGGAAGGAAGACCCUUUUGAAAUACUGGACGAUGUCCCUCCGCCACCAGCACCCUUCGAGCAUCGCACUGUCACCCUGCACUCUGGCAGCAUCAGCUCCCAGUUCAGCCUCAACUCCAAGGACAUCCUGGGCGGGGGCAAGUUUGGUGAAGUCCACACAUGCACGGAGAAGGAGACGGGGCUCAAGUUGGCAGCCAAAGUGAUCCGGAAGCAGGGACCCAAGGACAAGGAGAUGGUGCUGCUGGAGAUCGACGUGAUGAACCAGCUGAACCACCACAACCUCAUCCAGCUCUACGACGCCAUCGAGACACCCCGGGAGAUCAUCCUCUUCAUGGAAUUCGUGGAGGGUGGUGAGCUCUUUGAGCGGAUCAUCGACGACGACUACCACCUGACAGAGGUGGACUGCAUGGUGUUCGUCCGGCAGAUCUGCGAGGGCAUCCGCUUCAUGCACCACAUGCAUGUCCUCCACCUCGACCUCAAGCCUGAGAACAUCCUCUGUGUCUCUGCCACCGGACACAUGGUGAAGAUCAUCGACUUUGGGCUGGCUCGAAGGUACAACCCCAACGAGAAAUUGAAGGUGAACUUUGGCACUCCUGAAUUCCUCUCCCCUGAGGUGGUCAACUACGAGCAGGUCUCCUACACCACAGACAUGUGGAGCAUGGGGGUCAUCACCUACAUGCUGCUCAGUGGCCUUUCCCCCUUCUUGGGUGAUGACGACACCGAAACUCUCAACAAUGUCCUGGCUGCCAACUGGUACUUCGACGAGGAGACUUUUGAGAGCGUCUCCGAUGAGGCCAAGGAUUUCGUCUCAAACCUCAUCAUCAAGGAUAAAAGUGCCCGGAUGAGUGCUGACCAGUGCCUGCAGCAUCCCUGGCUCAAAAAUCUGGCAGAAAAGGCCAAACGCUGCAACCGGCGCCUCAAGUCCCAGGUGCUGCUCAAGAAAUACGUCAUGCGACGGCGCUGGAAGAAAAACUUCAUCGGGGUGUGUGCUGCCAACCGCUUCAGGAAGAUCACCAGCUCAGGGUCCCUGACAGCGCUGGGUGUCUGAGCUGGGGCUCCCAGGGGGGUCGAGGCCAGAGAGGAAGCGUUUG